AUGUUUGUGGAGGAGGAUUGCUGGGGGAUAGAGGAGGCGGAGGAGGCAUCAGGGCGGCGAGGAGCGAGCGAACGUUAUGCUGACCGGUCUUCUUUGCGUAGGGGCUUCAACGGUGCGAUGAACAAGUACUGGGACUACCUUAACCGCGGCCGCCAAUGGAAGGACAUCCGCGCCAGAUACGUCGAGGCUGCCGACGAGGACGACGAGUAA